AUGAAGCUCACUACCUUUCUCACAGUGUCGAUGGCGACACUCGCCUCAGCUAGACCAUACCUCAGUUCCGAUUCCUCCAAUUCACAUAUUUGGGCGCCUGCCAUACCAGGCCAAGUCCGUGGUCCGUGUCCCAUGCUCAACACCCUAGCAAACCACGGCUACAUCCCCCGCGACGGCCGCAACAUGACAAAAUAUAACGUCGUCUCCGGCCUGGUAAACGGCAUAAACUUCGAGCCUGUACUAGCCGGCAUCCUCUGGCAAGAAGGCCUCGUCGUAAACCCCGACCCAAAUGCUGUAUCCUUCACUUUGGAUCAACUUAAUGCGCACAACGUGCUCGAGCACGAUGCCAGUAUGUCGCGCGCAGAUGCGGCUUUGGGAAACAACCAUGUCUUCAACGAAACUGUCUUUCAGAGCUCAAGACGACACUGGACGGCUGAGACGGUUACGGUUGAUAUGAUGGCGGACACCACGAUUACACGUCAGAAGGAUAGUCAUUUAACGAAUGGGAACUGCGAUUUAUCGGCUGCGAGGGUAAAUUCCUGUAUUGGACAGGCCGGUAUACCGAUUACUGUGUUUGGAAGUAUUGAACAGGCUACGGUUAGGCGCUCAGUUAUCGAGUUUUGGUUUAGGAAUGAAAAGUUUCCGACGGAGCUUGGCUGGUUCAAGAAGACGGAUCAGAUUACUCUCUCAAAAGUCCAGCGCAUCGCUGGUCUGGUUCAAAAUGCAGCGGACCGUUUACAGGCUGGUGAUGCGAAUAAGAAACGUCGCAGUGGGACGCGAGAUUUGCAUGGUGGUUUGUUUUAA